AUGCCCCUCGACACCUCAACCUACAACCUGGCGCUGCUGCGCGUCGACGGCCGCCGCUGGAACGACCUCCGCCGGCUGCACGGGCAGAUCCGCACGCAGGCCGCCGCCGACGGCUCGUCGUACCUCGAGAUGGGCAACACCAAGGUCAUGUGCGUGGUGACGGGGCCCAGCGAGUCGGCGCGGCGCGGGGGCGCGGGGGGCGGCGCCGGCGGGCCCGCGGCCUCGUCGUCCUCGUCGACGGCGACGACGCCCAACGGCGCCGAGAUCGCCGUGACCAUCGUGACGGGCGGCUUCAGCACCGUGGACCGCAAGAAGCGGUCGCGGACGGACAAGCGCGUGCAGGAGCUGCAGGCGGGCGUGGCCAAGGCGCUGGCCGGCGCGCUGCACGCCCACCUGUACCCGCGGUCGACCAUCGCCGUGUCGCUGCACGUGCUGUCGCAGGACGGGUCGCUGCUGGCGUGCCUGGUCAACGCGAGCACGCUGGCGCUGGUCGACGCCGGCGUGCCCAUGACGGACUACCUGGUGGCCUGCACGGCCGGGUCGACCAGCGGCCACGGCGCCGGCGACGAGGGCGCCGACCCCCUGCUCGACCUCAACGGCCAGGAGGAGCAGGAGCUGCCCUUCCUGACGCUCGGCACCCUCGGCGCCACCGACCGCGUCGCCCUGCUGGUCUGCGAGAGCCGCGUCCAGGUCGGCCGCCUCGAGGGCAUGAUGGCCGUGGCCGCCGACGGGUGCGGCCACAUCCGCGCGGCCCUGGAUCGGAUCGUGCGCGACAAGGGCGCCCAGAUGGUGCGGGAGGGGGCUAUUGCGAAGGGAGAGAGCAUUGGUAUGGAUCUGGACUAA